GGUUGAGUCUUGACUCCCAAAUUGAAAUCUUGAAUCUAACAUAAGUUUCAAUGUGUGGUUCUUCAAUCGGUAUGAAGUCAUCAUCAUUCUUUAGUGAUGUUUGAAUUGUUUCUUUUUUUAAUAGCUUAAUAAAUAAAUUUAUAUCUCCCUGUCCCCUAAGUUGGCCGACUCACCUUAGAUCACCCGUUUUGUGCGGGUAAUAUGACAAAUCAAGCUCCACCGGCAGCACCAACCAUAUCCUCGUCUUAUCCGUUGCCACCAACAUUACUAAUACAAUGGUACUCUGAUGAUAAUAUAUCUAAAGGCCUUAAUCCCGAACCACCAAAACCGAUUACCGAUGGAAGUUAUUCUAUGUUUGCUGUUGAAAUCAAAGUUGAUGAGCCAAUAAUCCGUACAUUGGAAGAUCAGGAUAUUAAACGCUUGUACCCCAAAGAAUAUGACUACCGGCGUGAGAUCAAGAAGAUGAAUGUAAGCCUUAUGGCUAGUAUGUUAGAUCUUUUGGAUGCUUUAAUUAAGUGCCCGGAAUCACCCAAACGAAAAGAGAAAUGUUCCGACAUUGAGAUGUUAUUUAUUCAGAUGCACCACCUUCUUAAUGAGAUGAGACCCCAUCAGGCUAGAGAAACCAUCCGUGUUAAAUUAGAUCGUCAAAAGAAACAGCGUUCAGAUAUGAUCAGUAAGCUUGAAACACAAAUUGAAGAAGUUAUUGAGAUGCUCAACACUAGUAUUAACUCUAUACCUGAUAUUGUUGAACCUUCGAUUGACAUGGCUGACCUUAUUGAUGAUUCAACUAGUGAUAAAGACUCUGAAGACAAUCUCUUAAAUGAUAAUGAUGAACAAAUUGAUCAAGUUGCUUUGUUGACUCAAUUGGACUUUCUCAUGUGUGAUAUCGUCGACAAUCUACAAGUUGAAGCUUACUGAGAUAAUUUUCGCGUAAAAUUUAAAAAACCAUUUUUCUACAAAUAACGGAGAGUUGAAACACUCGAGCAUCAAAACAUAGCCAAAGGACAAUUACUGAUUCAUUUUCACCAUCUUCCACUGUGAUCACAAUUUUUUUCGAGAAAUCUAAAACUCUUUUCGCUAUCUAGCUUCGGGAUAGUGUUACUCGCACAUCAACAUCCAUCCACCUCACAUUGCAUCAUACACAAGAUUCAUUACCACAUCUGCAUUUCACUCUGCAAACUAUAUUUUCGCGUUUCCUCAACUGAUACGUUUUUCUCAUUUUUUGAUAUUUUUAUUAACUUAUAAAAGCCUAUCCUGAGUCAAAAA